GUCGAUGGGCAGCACUUUUCCACGACACUACACAGCACUGAAGCAUUUCGCGAAUUUUCCCUCAUACAUACAUAACUUAUUUUUAACAUUUUUCGACGUGAUGUGCAUUUUCUCUCAUAGUUUUGUGCUUAACCAUGUAAAAUAUAAUUAGCCCCUAGUGUAUAAACAAUAAGAAUAAGUGCAAAGGUAAAGGAAGAGUGUGGAAAUCAGGCUUAAAACGGAAAUGGACGAAAAAAAAUUGGCUAGCAAAGUUACAGCUGGCUGAUUGGCUGACUUGCGAUAAUAGCGCUGGAAAAAGUGCAUCGCUGUCAUUUGCUGAGCACGCAAAAUGAUUAACGAACCGCAUAAAUAACUGACUAAUCAGAUAAAAGUGCAAUGCGGUCAUUUGCAUGUAUUGUGCACAUAUAAGUUGCCGAUUUUAUAUGUGUAAAAUCAUCGUGUAGUGUAUGCAUCAGUGUUGCCAAACGGAUGUUUUAGUUUUGGAAAGUGUUCGCAGCCGAUACUCGUGUUUUGUUUUGUACCAUUAUAAGGCAACAAAAUAAAGAAAUUAUAAAAGAAUUCUUAAACAUUCCAUUUAUGAAACAAAGUUGACUAAUAUACGCCUGCAAAAGAGAAAAAUAAAUUUAAAGCAUCUAUUAAUUGCCACAUGCGAUACUCGGCAACGAGUACUCUAUGGCGUUAGCCAACACUGGCGACCGUCUGCUGUUUUCAGCACGUAAAAAGAAAAAUGUAAACAUAAUGCCCGCAAAGUAUCUAAAACAUUAAUGUAAAAACGAUAAUCGAUUUCUUAAUAUUAACCACCCAAAACUGUUAAAUUAUAAUCACCAUAGAAUUUAGACGAGCGAUCAAGACAAGGACCUGAAGAAGCCACACAUGCAUGAGUAACCACCCGGAGGAGCCAUUAAAAACUAGCCAAUAAACUAUGGCCGCCGAAAAGGAGAUGCAGGCCCACGACAUGGUCCGACGGCGAAGUUGGGCCCGUGCCGUUGCGCUUUACGACCAGUUGAUUGCCCCCAGUCCCGGCCAAGGAUCCGGUGCCCAGGGUACAGGAUCAAGGGCACAGAAGGACCAACAGAUCGCCUGUCUCCUGGGCCGAUGCGAAUGCCUACUGGAGCUCGGAAAGUUCGAGGGUUGUCUGGCGGAUGCCUAUAAGGUGCUCACGCUGCUCUCCGAGCAAACAGAGUGCCUGGCCAGCGUGUCUAGGGCCCGCCGAUGGCUCGUCCACGCCCUGUUUAAGAUGCACAAGUACGGGGACGCUGAGAUCUUUCUUAGCAAGUGGAUCAACGAGCUGAGCGGCCAACAGAUAUACUCGGACAUAUCCAAGACCCUCGAGCGCUACAAGUCCAUCAUUCAGAUGAUUAUGAAUGGACAGCACAAGGCGCAGGCACAGAAGAUUCCGCAUGCCCGUCUCGAGGACGAGAUGGCCAUACUGGACACCAAGCUGGAUCACUGGGCCACCAAUAAUUUGCCGCUGGACAAGUACAGCAAGUUGCUUAGCAACAAAGGUUUGAAGAAGCGGGAACAGCAACAGCAGCAACAACAGCAGCAACAACAACAGCAGCAGCAACAACAACAGCAGCAGCAGCAGAAUGGCAACGGAAUCGGCAGCUAUGCAAGCAGCAGCAGUAGCUCGUCCACUGGCAGCAGCAGCACGAUGUCCAGCUCCAGCACAAGUCUCCACAAGACCAACGAUCUGCUGGCUGCCAUGAAGCUCACGGCAGUCAAACACCAGGCGGGAUCCGGCGAUGGAUCGGGCUCGGAUCAGGGCGAUCAGGCGGCACCAUCGACCACCUGCAGCUAUUGCACUAUUACCUUCCAGACGAGGAACGAGCUGCGACAGCACUGCCAGACCGAGGCCCACCAGAAAGUGAUCAUGAGCGAUGAGGGUCGUGACUGGAAGUGGCGUCCGCCGCCCCGUGGCUACACUUUGGACACAUAUUCCCUGUGCGAGACGUUUAGCGAGGCGCACACCUGCCACUACGGUGCCCAGUGCGUUGAAGCUCAUGGCCAGGAUGAGUUGAACGAGUGGAAGGAGCGAUUCGAGUACCGGCGGAUGCGAAUGCAAAAGGCCUGCGAAAAGGAACUCUACGGCAAGUCGUAUACUGAGCAGGUUCUAGAACGAUGGAUUCAGGCCACAGCUCCGGAGAGAGUGAUGUGCGAACGGGUGCCGGAGAUGGAGGCGCGGUGUGAACAGCAGCUGGUCACCAGCAUUAGCUCGAAGACCUCCAAGCGGGAGUGGCUCUUCCAACUGGAUACGAAAAAGCCUUUAAAAGCUGUGGCUCUCCUCCAGGAUGCCCAUCGAAAUCAUUUUGCACUAAAGUCCAUCAAGCAGUGCCAGCCAACUGAGUCCAGCAUGGAUCUCAAAUCCGAUCAAGAGUGGGUGGCAAGCAGUACGGCUCAAACGGAGGCAUCCAGCGAUGACUCGGCCACGUUGACCCAUGAAAUCACCGUAGAGUUUCACACGGAAAUCUAUGGAACGUUUCGUCAAGCCAUCUGCUUUGACGUGGGUCAGGAACCUUUGCUUGUUCGGCAUCUGUGCGUGGAUGUGUUGCCUGUGAAUGAUGCGGAGAAAAUCGAGGAGAUCAAGCGGGACAUUAUCAACAGCUCGGCCACUCGAUGGGAUGUUGCCAAUACGCAGCUUACACGGUUUGAAACCACAAUUGGCACUCAUCUAAAGACAGAUACCUAUCUCACCGAUCUAGAGCACGAGAGGGAGCUGUUAGAGAGGUAUCCCUGCCCCAGGGCAGCAACUUUCACAUUGACACAAUCAACAAUUGUGGAGAAGCGGUUGACGCAGAAUAACUACCGCUCCCGCAUCCAUGAGUUAUUGUCAGUAGAGGAGAUUGCCCGCUAUGAGCAGAUAGCAAGGUAUAAUGUAAGGACACGGUUAACAGUGGCCUCGAAUUAUAUCCUCACGCCAGCGGGUAUGGCUACAAGUACAGCUAAAUAUUCCCUGGCCGGUGAAUUAUUUGCUCUCAUGCGUUUGGGUAAGGAUAUUUCGGAGGAUACAUCUCCUGGCCGAUUAAUUCUCUCCAACUGCAGCAGUGUAUACAUCUCAAAACCUGAGGAGCCCGAUUCCAAAGCAGAUCCCAAUAAUCGUGCUGUUUACGAGGCGUUGAUCGAGGACAAAGGCAAGAAUGUGAUUUACUUGAAACUAUCCGCUAAAUGUGUAGAAGCAAUGGGUCUUCAAGCGGAUACUGAACUGGAUGUGGAUAUACAAUUCCAGUUGAAUCGAAUGCCAUACUGUGAGUGGCACAAUGCUGUGGAUAAGAUUACUGAUUUUCGGUUGAUCUUUCCUGCCACCGAACUGGAACCGAGUAUACCUUGGACACCGAAGAAACAGUGGGCCGAUGCCUGUGAACCCAAGUUGAAUGCCAAACAAAGGGAGGCCGUAAAUGCCAUCACCACGGCUCUGAGCAUUAAGUUACCACCCAUCCUGCUAAUAGGACCCUUUGGAACAGGAAAAACCUACACACUGGCUCAAGCUAUUAAACAACUGCUGGCCCAACCGGAGGCCAAGAUCCUGAUCUGCACGCACUCAAAUUCAGCAGCUGAUCUGUAUAUCAAGGAGUACCUGCACCCGUGGAUCGAGGAGGGUUUGGAGGAGGCCACACCGUUGAGAGUUUAUUACCACAAAAGAUGGUCAGCAACCGUUAACAGUGUUGUGCAAAAGUAUUGUAUAACGGAUGGAGUGGGCAACUUCCGGCGGCCGAGCGUGGAGGAUAUAAUGCGACAUAGGAUCGUAGUGGUUACCCUGAGUAUCAGUAUGGAGUUGGCCACUCUAGGGCUGCCAAAGGGUCUGUUCACCCAUAUCUUCCUGGACGAAGCUGCUCAGGCAAUGGAAUGCGAAGCUAUUAUGCCGCUGGCUUUGGCAAAUGAUUCUACAAGGAUCGUUUUGGCCGGAGAUCAUAUGCAAAUGAGUCCAGAGCUGUUCUCUGCCUUUGCCAAGGAACGAAAGCUGCAUAUAUCACUUUUGGAGCGGCUAUACGACCACUAUCCCUCAAACUUUCCAUGCAAGAUUCUGCUUUGCGAGAAUUAUCGUGCACACGAGGCCAUCAUCCGUUUCACCUCGGAGCUGUUCUACGAACAAAAGCUGGUGGCUUCCGGUAAACAACCAAGGCACGAGCGCUUUUAUCCUUUGACCUUCUUUACUACCAGAGGAGAGGAUGUUCAGGAUAAAAACUCAACUGCUUUUUAUAAUAAUGCUGAGGUUUAUGAGGUGGUGGAAAGGGUUUCCGAGCUACGGAAACGUUGGCCAAGUGCUUGGGGUAAACUAAACGAUACCAGCAUUGGCAUCAUGACUCCCUACGCGGAUCAGGUGUUUCGCAUUCGUUCCGAGCUGAGGAAACGCCGUAUGGGUGGAAUAUCCGUGGAGCGAGUGCUAAACGUUCAGGGUAAACAGUUCAGAGCGGUCUUCCUCUCCACAGUUCGAACCCGACGCACUUGCAUGCCCCAAGGAAGUGCCCCCGGAGCAGCCGCCUCGGCCAGCAUUGGCGAUGCCGAUACGGAUUAUGGUUUCUUGAGUAACUCCAAACUGCUUAACACGGCUAUCACUCGUGCCCAAUCUUUGGUAGCAGUGGUUGGUGAUCCAGUAGCUCUUUGCUCCAUUGGUCGUUGCCGGAAGGUGUGGGAGCGUUUCAUCGAGAUCUGUGACGAACAUAAGUCUCUUUUUGGUUUGACUUGGUCGAAUCUGCGUUCACAAUUGGAUGGCGUAGAAUUGAAACGUGGCUAUGUUCUAAAUCCUUUGGCCCCGGAGUUUGUCCCACGUGCCCUUCAACCGGAGGCGUAUCUGCGGGAGCAGGCUGCUCUCUAUCUAAAUGGACCGCAACAUGGACAUAGUGGUCACGGCCCACCGGGUCCUCCGGCUCACUUUGCCAAUGCAGCUGGUAUGUUGGGUCCUGGACCGGCGGCCACUGCUCAUCAGAUGAAUCAAAUGGCCGCUGCCAUGGCAAAUCAACAGUUCUCCCACAUGUACUCCACCCAUGUGGCGGCGAUGAUGGCCGCUGCAGCUGCCGUCGGAGGAAAGUCUGGAAAUGGUCCUGGACCCGGAACCGGAGGAGGUCCCGGUCCUGGACCAGGACCACCGCCACACUACGGCGGCGGAGGCGGUGGAGGACAUAUGGGUAUGCGAGGACCACCACCACAGGCGCCGCAUUUGCGAGGAAUGCCACCCGGAGGUCCGCCACCCACACAGCAACCAGGCGGAGGUGGUGGCGGAGGAGGUGGACCACCACCACCAUAUGGUCAAUAUCCAGCCAUGCAGCAUUGGCGGCCACCGCAGCAGGGACAAAAUCAAGGGCCGGGACCUGGACAACAGCAGCCACCACAAAAUCCGAAUGCCAGCUUGUGGGGCCCACCGCCACAAACAAAUCCAUGGAGUGUGCUGCCGCCAAGUAAGCAGCCCCAGCAGCCUCAGCCACCGCCAGUCAGUGCUUCAGGACGUGGACCAGGACCUUUGCAACCGCCACUUAAUGCAAAUCCUUCGCUUCCCUUGAGAGGUGGUAGUGUACCGCCACCUCCGCCAAAUGCUUCGGCGGCUGCUCAACUGCUAAGAAAUCCCAGCGAACUUGGCUACUUGGCCAAGAAGACGCUCUACAACCAUGGCCAAGCGCCGCCGCAUCAUCAGCUCUAUGGACCUGGACCUGGGCCACCACCGCCUCCAUCGCAGCAACAACAGCAGGCACCGCCGAUGGGCAUGCAGAGAGGCAGCAGUGUGCCGAAUGGACCCAUGUCACCUAUGGAGAACGGUCCACCACCGCCUCCCUAUUUGCGGCACAAUGGAAGUGGCUAUAAUCCAGGAGCACCACCACCACCACAACAGCAGCAACAACAGCCACCACCCAAUCCGUUUAUGUAUGCUGGCAAACAACCAUCGCCGAGCUCCAUGAGAUUUGGUCCACUGACCCAUGAGCUACUGCCGCCCAAUGUGAGCAUCUAUGAAAUGGCUUUUAAUCCGAAAGAAGAACAGUAUAAGUGGUAUCUUAAGCUACUUGAAAACGUGGGACAGGAAGGUGCCAACAAAUUCGCCGAUAUGCUACGCCAAGUGAUGGCCACACUGCAGCAACAACAGCAACAGCAGCAGCAGCAACAACAACAUAAGCCACCGCAGCAACAGAUGGUCAACAAUCCGAUGCUUAACAAUCCACAUGUUCAGCGGCCUCAAUAUCCCAUGAUGUAUCCCCAAGGUCAACAACAACAGCAGCAGCAGCCGCCACAGCAGUCGGUGGAUGCUUCACCGCCGCUGGAGAACUUUAACCAACAGAUCGAUCUGGUCUUCAACUCGAUCAUGAACGGAGCCAAUGAUAUUGCACAGCCUAUAUUGCGAGAUGUCUUGGGCAUGGUGGCUGGCACGGGCAAUGCUCCUGGUCCUCCGCUUAGCAACGGCUUGAACGGUGUCGAUCUUCAGCAGCAACAGCAGCAGAGCCGUCUCUUUGCCAUGAUGCAACAGCAGCAGCAGCAACAACAGCAGCAGCAACAGUCGAAGCCACCGCCAGGACCUGGUCCCCUCUAUCCCAAUCAUCUGGGCGGACCUGGUCUACAUCAGGCACCUCCCAAUGGCGGCGGCAAUAAUUUGGGCGGCGUUGGAAAUACCAAUUUUUUGGGAAAUGCUGGGAAUGCGCUGCUUAAUGACAAGCCGUACAACAACCUAAAUAUGCACAACAAUGUAGGCGUAAACAACGCCGGUGUUGGCGGUGUCGGCAUGGGAAUCGGCGGCGGAGGUGUCGGUGGACAUAACAAUAAUAACAACAACGGAAUGCUGAGCAAUGGCAACAACAACUCAGUGCCAUUGUAUCGCCGACAGGCGUUAACCGGAAAUGGAAUCGGAGGUGGAAAUAGUGGCUACAACAAUAUGCAUGGAAUGGACGCUGGCGCCAAUUUGAUAGAGGCACUCUUUCAGGCCAAUAACUCGGUGGUGGAUCACUCGGUGAAGUCGUCGGAUCAUAUGCAUGGCCUGUUGUACAACAAUUUCAAUACGCUGAAGGGUGGCCAUGACAUGGAUCUGUUCCAGGCUAUGGCGCCCAAUGUACCACAUUCGGAGGCGGCCAAUCAUCACCAACAGUCCUCUGGCUCUUCGGCAACCACAUAUGCGGCUGUGCUGAGCCAGGGACCACAGGCGGUGGUUGGCGGAGGCGGUGGGGCAGGACCAUCGCCGGGACAGACACAGGCUGGCGUGGCAGGAUCAGGAGCAGGCGGCAAAGGAGUGCAGGCGGGCGGUGGAAACGAUCUUCUAGAGAAGGAUCCGUUUGCGGCUAUCCGUGAGUUGGGACAGGCCACAACCGGAUUCUACAAUUACUUUCAGUGAGGAGCAGCGGUGACGGCAGCACUUCUCCUGCUGUGGCAUCAAAGGGUCUAAAUCUAAAAACGAAACAAAAAGGAAAAACAAAAAAAAAAAACGAAACAAAAAAACAGAAAAUUAACAACAAAAAAAAAAUUGCAAAAUUCUUAGCUGAACAAAAAAAAAAAAACGUAAAAAAUGCCCCAGCAAAUGGGAAAAAACGGAAGAGAAAACGAAAAAGAACUGCUUCUUAAUUAUAGUUGCCCCUAUCCUUAUUUUUUGCUUUCUUUUAAAUUGCAAAUUAUUUAAUUAUGGUAGCCUUAAGUUAAACGUGUGAAUUAUUAUAAUUAAUUAAUAAUAUACAUACAUACCUAUUUAGUUAAUGUUUAGUGGUUACUAAAGCUCGCCCAAAUGCCGCAGCAGGGACUUGUUGACGUUGUUGUUGACCCCAUGGCCUUCAAUCCUGCUCCCUUUUGUUAUCCUCGCAUCCAGCCUACCGUGUCUGUAAUGUCCCUCAAAGCCCAAGGUCGCCUCAGGCGCCUCCAUCGGUAUGCAGCAUCCAAUGGGUUGCUCUGAGCAGCCCAGAAAUCUAAAUAAAAUCUAAACGCCUACACAAGAAAACCUUAUCGAUUAGACUUUGAAACAUACAACAAACAAACAACAACAAAAAAACAUUAAAAAACUUUACAAAAAAAAAAACUAAAACAAACAAACAUAAAAAAAACACAAAAAAAAUGAAAUAAUUAUGUAAUAACUAUAAACUGCAAAAUGCAUAGUUAGCUUUAGGACAUAAGAUUAUUCAAGAACAUUUGUAUUGUAAAUUUUUUUCUAUUUUUAGUGCGUAGCAUGCAUAUGUAUGAGUGCUACGUGUAAACCACUUCAGUUCGUUUUCUACCUUUAAUUUCUCAGUUAUAAAUUUCAAUUUUGUACAGGAGUUGACUAUUCUAAACAAAAAUACAAAAAAAAAAAAGAAAAAAAAAAUAUUAACAAAAACCAUUAAAAACUGAAAAUUUUGUCACGCACUCAAAUACAUAAAUUAUUAUCCUUAUUAAUUGUAACUUCAGAUUAUAUACCAAUUAUAUAUACAUAUAUUUAAUGGCUAUAAGGGAUAUGAACAUUUUUGUGUACGAAUUAAACAAACUUACCUACAUACGAACAUACAUAUAAUAUAUAUAUAUAUAUAUUUAUAUAUAUAAUAUGCAUAUAAAUAUUUAAAUUUGUGCACGAGUUAUUUGUUCCUUUGCCCAUCCCCGAAAUUGUCGAUGCGUGUGUGUAAAUUAUAUUACGAUUGUUGACCUUUAACCCCUUCAAUUUGCAGAAAUCAUCUCCAAAUUAACCCCCCCCCCCACACCUCCACUCAUCGUUUAGUCCGAUUUGACGACUGGUAAAUGUAAAACAUACGAAAGAGAAAUGCAUACAAAACAAAAAUAUAUAAGAAUUUUUCGAUAAGAGUA